AUGGUCUCAUGGUCCCGUCCUGAAUUCGCGGAAGCAUUUUUUGGCAAGCUCGUUAGGAGGCGUUGCAUAUACGCCACGAAGGCGGCACUCGACAGUAGUCCCUUUGUGCGCGUCCUUGGUUUACUUUCCCUCGUAUCACUUGGCGUCGGUGCCGUCGUUGGCGCGGGUAUAUUCGUUAUCACUGGUCAGGCUGCGGCACAGUACGCGGGGCCAGGCUUGACAAUCUCCUUUGUGUUGUGUAUGUUUCCAUGUUUCCUUACCGCUCUCUGCUAUGGGGAGCUCGCCGCGAUGCUACCGGUUGCGGGGAGUGCGUACACUCAUACUUCUGUUGCCCUCGGGGAAUUUGCGUCGUGGACAGUGGCAGUGUGUAUGACAUUGGAAUGCCUCGUGUCCGGAUGUGCUGUUUCUGUCAGUUGGUCUGCCUAUGUUCAGGCGUUCUUGAAGCGGUUUUCUUUUGUGCUGCCGCAGCCGUUGAGAAAGUCUCCGAUUGAUGUGGUGGGGGGAAGAUUUGUCCUUACUGGGAGUGUGGUAAAUUUCCCGGCUGUGGUUAUCACUGUAGUGUGUUUCGUUGUACUGUGCUUAGGCGUCGAACAGACAGCCUCUAUGAAUAGUUUUUUUGUUGUUGUGAAGCUGGCGGCCCUUGUUUGCUUCGUAUUCUACGGAAUUUAUUAUUCGCUGGGAAACUGGGCGGAGGUCAAUGCGAACCUAACCCCCUUUGUUCCACCUAACGACGGCCACUUUGGCCACUUCGGCGUCAGCGGUAUCUUACGUGGGGCGAGCGUGGUUUUCUUUGCAAACGUGGGAUUUGACACGAUAUGCGCUAGUGCCCAGGAGUGCCGCAGCCCGCAGCGGGACAUCCCGCGUGGUAUAAUUUUAACACUUCUGUUGUGCUCUACUCUGUACGUGAUGGUGACGGUUUCGUUGACUGGCUUGGUGAAAUACACCGAACUAGGAACUGAUGCACCCGUGAUUGCAGCGUUGGAGAAAGUGAAGGCACCGAGCUUUUUGAGACUUUUCAUUGAAGUUGGUACCGUAGCGGCACUGAGUUCGGUGUGCUUCGUCUCGUUCUACGCAAUGCCGCGGCUCAUUAUGGCCGUGGCAAAAGAUGGGUUGCUACCGGCCUUACUUACCCAUGUUCACGAGCAGUUCAGAACUCCUAUUAACGCCACGAUAUUCUGUGGUAUACCCGCCACUUUUAUUUGCGCCGUGUUCCCGUUGGGGAUGUUGGGCGAGCUGAUAUCAUUUGGCACUCUGAUUGCUCUUGCUUGUGUGUGUGUGUCCAUGUGGAAGAUCCGCAUUGAUCACCCCGAGUUCCACAGACCGUUCGUGGCUCCCCUUUUUCCCUACGUUCCUAUUCUCGGGGCUCUCCUGAACGCCGCGCAACUGUUCUUCCUACCUUUAACGACAUGGCGCAACUACUUUGUUGUUAUGGCAACAACAUCGCUGUGGUACAUCGUUUACGGCAUCCGCCACAGCACGGUAGGAGAGGACGGAAUCACACGCCGACCGGACUCACUACUUGGCACAGUGGAGCCUCCGUUGUGCGAGGCACUGGAGGGAGUACAGGGAGCCGGUGGCAGUUUGAGCAUUGAGUUGACUGAGCGUUAUGUCCAUAAUUGA